AUGUGGCUUCUUCCCGUUGUCCUCCUUGUCCUUCAGAUGGUGCGGACAGUCACACCAAAUGCAUGCAAGGUCAACAACGGGAACUGCGAGCAGUUUUGCAAAGCUGAAGAUGAAGGAGCCGUGUGUUCCUGUGCUGCUGGCUAUGCCCUGGGCGAUGACAACAAGACUUGCGUUCCUGUAGUCAAGUUCCCGUGUGGUAGGCUCCAGAGAAAUCAUGAAGCUAGUCGAGAGGAAGACAUAGGAAACACAACAAGUCCAAAUGCUCAUCCUGAAAAUGAGGAAACCACCGAGGCCCUGAGCAGCCACCCGGAGGUCACCGGGGAGGCCGGCGGUUUACCCAGCGUGUCCCCGUGGCAGGCUGUUCUAACAGAUGGAAACGAUGAAUGGUUUUGUGCGGGGACAAUUCUGAAUGAGUAUUUUAUACUUUCUGCAGCUCAUUGCAUUAACCACUCUAAAGUCUUACAGGUUCUUGUUGGGAUGGUGGACAAAGAAAAGGAAGAGCCAAGCAGAGCAAUGCACAGAGUGGAAAAAGUAAUUGCACAUGCUGAAUUUGAUGCAGAAACUUUCAACAAUGACAUAGCCCUUCUCAAGUUAGAGGAACCUAUAACAUUUUCUGAGGAUGUUGUCCCAGCAUGCCUUCCAGAAGAAGACUUUGCUAACGAUGUUCUGAUGAGCCAAGCAUUUGGAAUUGUCAGUGGCUUUGGGGUCAUGUUUGAACACACGGAGCCUGUCAAAAGAAUGAAAGUGCUUCAAAUCCCUUAUGUGGACAGGGACACUUGCAAGCUCGCCCUUCGUAACGCGGUCACAGAAAACAUGUUCUGUGCUGGUUAUGAUAAAGAUGGAAAAGAUGUCUGCCAAGGAGAUGGAGGAGGCCCCCAUGUAACCCGGUACAAUGGCACUUAUUUUGUUACCGGUAUCAUCAGCUGGGGAGAAGGGUGUGGAAAGCCAGGGAAAUACGGAGUAUACACCAACUUGUCAAAGCUCCUGCCCUGGGUAAGAAGUGUUUUGACAGAAGACUCUUAA